AUGAACUCAAAACAGGCAAUUUUUGCUGUUUUUUUUGUGGCCGUCAUCAUCAGCAGCUGUGAAUCUUGGUUGAUAAGAGACGCCAUUGAGGACGGGGGACAAUGGUUGAAAGACAUUGACGCUGCCAUGCAAAAAGUGAAAGAGGCGAUCAAAAACGGCGAAAAAGGACUACUAAACAAAUUUGACACCGAGGAGAUCUGCUACCCCGACCUAGGCUGCUACCGAGCGGACGGACCGAUGAAACAGACGGGCACCUUCCCGCUGACGCCCGAGUCCAUGGGAACUACCUUCCACACCUUCACCUCAGACGGAAAAUCCUUUAUCGUGGACGCAAAAAACCCAAAGUCCUUUUCCGGGCUGGACUUUAGCAAACGGCUGGUGGUGAUUAGCCACGGCUUCGGCAUGUCCUCCAGCAGCGCCGAGCUGAACUCCAUCAAGGAUCACCUGCUGAUGAAGAGCCACGACGAGGUGGGCGCCGUGAUCAUCGUCGACUGGGCAAAGGGCGCCAAGUCGCCCGAGUACCUGCAGGCGUCGGCCAACACCGAACUGGUCGGUCGUCAGAUUGGCAACCUCCUCAACUCGAUGAAGCUCAACGAGGGCCUCAAACCGGAGAACGUCUACCUAAUUGGCUUCUCGCUGGGCGCCCAGGUGAGCGGCUUUGCCGGCAAGUGGACCCAGUCGCAGUACGGCUGGAAGGUGGGCCGCAUUACCGGCCUCGAUGCGGCCGCCCCUCUCUUUGAGGGCUACCCGGGCUCGCACCUGACCAAGGCGGACGCCUCCUUUGUCGAUGGAAUUCAUUCGAGCGCCGGCGACAACAUUCUCGCGGGAAAGGUGGGCUUUGUGGCGCCCUACGGCAGCGUGGACUUCUACCCGAAUGGUGGCGCCUCGCAGCCGCACUGUGGCUUCUUCAGCGGCGUCACCUGCAACCACUACGGUUCGGUGCUCUUCUACGACGCCAGCUUGCACGCCAAGGAGAAGUGCAAGUUCAAGGGGGCGGUCUGCGACAGUUGGGCCGACUACGCGGCAAAGCAGUGUCCGGUGUACGACGCAGAGCUGGGCUACUUUGCUGAGGGCAUCAAGAAGCUGGGCAACGGCGGUGACAG